CCACUUCACACUCUCACUCUCUUUUCAAGCUCUAAAACUUUCAAACAUGGGACACAAAAUCCUCUUCUUUCUCACACUCACAACAGUAGUGCUAGCCACAUCCAUCUCAGCCCACAACAUCACCGACAUUCUCUCAGGCUUCCCAGAGUACUCAGACUUCAACAAAUACCUCACCCAAACGAAACUCAACGACGAGAUCAACAGUCGCCAAACAAUCACUGUCCUUGUCCUGAACAACGGCGCCUUGUCCGCCCUCACAGCCAAACACCCCAUCUCCGUCAUUAAAAACGCGCUCAGCCUCCACGUCAUCCUCGACUACUACGACCCGACCAAGCUCCACCAAAUCCCAAAGGGCUCGACUCUCAGCACCACUCUUUACCAAACUACCGGAAAUGCCCCUGGAAAUCUAGGCUUUGUCAAUAUCACCGACCUCCAGGGUGGCAAAGUCGGCUUCGGCUCGGCGGUUCCCGGCUCGAAACUCGACUCGAGCUACACCAAAGCGGUCAAGCAAAUCCCUUACAACAUUUCGGUGAUCGAGAUCAGCGCGCCGAUCAUCGCGCCGGGACUUUUGACGGCUCCGGCUCCUACGGCUUCCGACGUUAACAUAACGGCCGCGCUUGAGAAGGCUGGGUGCAAGACCUUCGCGUCGUUGAUUACCUCUAACGGCGUGAUUAAAACUUUUCAGUCAACGGCUGAUAAGGGUUUGACCCUUUUUGCACCGAACGACGAGGCGUUUAAAGCCGCUGGAGUACCUGAUCUAAACAAGCUCUCCAACGCUGAUAGAAUCUCGCUCUUACUCUAUCAUGCACGCGCUGGCUACACUCCCAAGGGAACUUUGAAAACCACAAAGGAUCCGAUCGACACUUUGGCGACUAACGGUGCCGGAAAGUACGAUCUGAAAGUCACGACGGCCGGAGACGAGGUCACGCUUCACACCGGAGUGGACUCGUCGAGAAUCGCCGACACGGUGCUCGACGCCACGCCUUUGGCUAUCUUCACCGUCGACAAUGUGCUUCUUCCGGAAGAGCUGUUCGGAAAGUCUCCCUCGCCUGCGCCGGCUCCGGGGCCGGUGACGACUCCAAGUCCAGCGCCUGUUUUGGCUCCAAGUCCGGCGUCUAAGGCGCCGUCUCCGGCGAAAGCUUCGCCGCCUGCACCUCCAGCAGAGACUCCUACGAAUUCUCCGGCGGACUCUCCGACGGCGGAGUCUGAGAGCAGUAAGACGACGGCAAGCGGAGCGCAUAACGUGAAGGGUUCUGCAGUGAUGGCAGUAGUUCUCACGGGCUGUGCCACUGUUAUUUCCUCGCUUAUCCUGUCCUGAGUAGUAAUUUCAUAGGUCUUUUUAAAACUGUUGCUUUUUUUUUUUUUAAUUUUUUGAGUUAUUAUUCUGUUAGUAGUUUUGUUAUUUAUUUUUGGAUUUAAGCUUAGCUGCGCAUUUUAGCAGCAGUGUCACGGUGUGUGUCAUUUUGGGUGGUUCAUAUUAAUGCCUUUGCCAGCUCUUUUUUUUUAAA